GUUAGAAAUUCCUUUCUCUUUUUCUUUUCCAACUAUAGCACUUUCUUGAACAUUCUUCUCUGUUAAUUCCAAAACCAGCCAACAACAUAACUCCUUGGUUUUAAAUGAAACCUCAUCUAUAAAAAGGAUAUAACCAGUCUAAAAUUAUUAUCAACAUCAGUGAAAGAAAGAUGGCAAAAACACACCAAGUUGGAGUAGCCAUGGACUUCUCUCCUACCAGCAAAUUAGCACUUAGAUGGGCUGUUGAUAAUCUGAUCAACAAAAAUGAUGAAAUCAUCAUGAUCAUUGUUCAACCUCCCUCAGCUGAUCACACCAGAAAAGAGCUUUUCGAAAACACUGGUUCACCUUUGGUGCCUCUAGAGGAAUUGAGAGAAAUAAACUUUACAAAGCAAUAUGGGAUUGCCAAGGAUGUUGAAGUCAUAGAUAUUCUUGAAACUGCUUCCAAAACCAAAGGGGCAAAGGUAGUUGCAAAGGUGUAUUGGGGAGAUCCAAGGGAGAAAUUAUGCAGUGCUGUGGAAGAUCUUCAUUUGGAUUCAUUGGUUGUUGGAAGCAGGGGUUUAGGUACCAUUAAAAGUGUGUUGUUAGGAAGUGUUAGCAAGCAUGUGGUUACAAAUGCUUCUUGCCCGGUCACUGUGGUCAAGGGAAUGCAAUCUUCAAAGUCUAGGCAUUCAUAUUAUUGAUAUUUACUUUAAAUUUAUAUACAUAUGAAAAAAAUAAAUCACUUAAAGUAUUGUACCCUUUGAAUAGCUUGAAUAAUUGUCUUUUUUUGGGGCAUGUUUUGUAUGUAAUUAACAUAUAAAUUUGAGUAGUAUUAGGAAUCAUCUUUACAAUUUAUCACUUAGUUACAUCUCAUAGUGAUAGUUAUUUGCCCUAUAUUAUGGAAUAUGGAUGAGAGACUUGUUUUUAAUAAAAUAAUUAUAG